UUUAAAAUUAAAAUAAUGAGGCAGCCAUUGCUGUCAGAUUCCUUUUGUUGUUGUUCCUCCUCAUCUUCAUCCAAAUCAGAUUCUUUUACAAAAACAACAAAAGUAUUUGCUUCCAACAAAAAACAAUUUUCCAAUUUUAAUUCUCCAAAAAUUACCUCAAAUAAUUAUUUUGCCAUCAAAAAUUCCAAUUUUUUAAUUUUAUUUAAAUUUUACAAUUUAUUAACAUUUUUAUCUAUUUUGUGUUGUGUUUCCUCUUUUUCAUUGUCCCCUUCUUCUAAUAAUCUUUUAACAACAACACAGCCUAGGCCUUCAUGCCGUGAACAUUUGCUCAAUGGAAAUUCUGAAAAUAAAAUAUUUCCAUUAUUGAGGUUAGGUAUUUUGAAAAAAAUUUUUAUUAAAAAAUUGGCUAAAAAUAUUUACUAUUCUCAAAUUAAAAUUUUAAUGAAAUUUUACAUACAUUUACACAUACUACAUCCUUUUAUGUUUAAUAAACUGUAG